GUAGUACAAGCAUUCAGAAGGAGUACAUGUCAUAUUGAAAUAUACACAGUGGGUAAAAAAUAUUCAGUUCAUCUUUAGUAUAUCGUAAGAAAGGCUCUAAAUUAUGAAAUCGAUAUCUGCUGUUUAUCGGCUAUCUUUUAUAAAUUCGGUAGGAACCUUAUUUGCGCCAAUUAGACGUUCCACGUAUGUUCAGAGCAGAGUCUACCUCGGAUCGUUCUCAAGAAUGGCUAAUUCCAUCAAAAUUGGUACUCAUGAUGGAUGUUUUCACUGUGACGAAUGCCUCGCUUGUUUCAUGCUUAAACUGCUUCCUCGAUAUAAGGAUGCCACGAUCGUUAGAACAAGGAAUGAAGCAAUUUUAAAUACCUGCGACAUAGUGGUUGAUGUAGGUGGAAAAUUUGAUCCUUCGACGUAUCGCUUCGAUCAUCAUAUGAGGGAUUUUAAAGAAACUAUAGAUACAGUAUUAAAGAGACCCGAAGGUAAUUCUAAAAUUAAGUUAAGUAGCGCUGGUCUUGUUUAUUGCUUUUUUGGCAAAGAAAUUAUCAAGCAAAUUCUUUCGGAAUUGGAGGAUGAAACAGCGAUUGAUUGCAUUUUUAAUAUGGUUUAUGAAACGUUAAUUAAGGAAAUCGAUGGAGUAGAUAAUGGAAUUCCUAUGUAUAGCGGAGAACCAGCAUAUCGGAUAGUAACCGGUUUAAGUAGUCGAGUUGAUAGAUUGAAUCCAAAGUGGAAUUCUAAAGAUGUAAAUAUCGAGCACCAGUUUAACGAAGCUGUUGCAUUAACCGGUAAAGAAUUUAUUCAACAUGUUGAGUAUAUGGGAAAUGUUUGGUGGCCAGCUAGAUUUAUUGUCAAAGAUGCAAUCAGCAAACGCUUUGCAGUAGAUCCAAGUGGUGAAAUAAUAGAACUAUCUCAAGGAGCUCCUUGGAACCAACAUUUUUACAUGCUAGAAAAGGAAUUGGGCGCUGAAAAUCAAAUUUUAUAUGUCAUUUUUCCUGACGCAAAUGAUUAUCGAGUUAGAGGCGUACCAGUCGAGAAAGACAGUUUCGUGUGUAGAAUGUUUUUACCGGAAAAGUGGGGUGGUUUACGAGAAGAAGAGCUGAGCAAAGUAGCAGGUAUCGAAGGUUGUAUUUUCACUCACGCCAUCAGAUUCAUCGGUGGACAUCGGACAAGAGAGGGUGCACUGGCAAUGGCUCGGAAGGCCAUAGAAAUCGGAAAAUCUCUAAAAUAACAAUGCCAUAGUUUGCAGAAAUGUACCGUCUUGAUAAAUCCGGCUGAAAAUUCCAGCGCACAUCGGCGGCGCGCUGUCGCAAUUUUUGAGCAGGAUUGCGCGACGCGGUUCAAGAAGCGUUGCAUAAAAAAAUGGUAUCGAACAAUAAAGGCGAGACAAGUUCAUGCCCGAGUGCAACAAGUUGGCGACAGAGGUGUGUCCCUGCGCUAUGUGCUCGGCCGGAGGCGGAUAUCGUACAGAGAAUGUCUAUUGCAUUGACGUUUGCCCGAUGGAUUGCUGGGGGGCGUGAACCAUAGCCGAUCGCGCUCUCAUACCGAUCGAACUUUAAUUUCUUUUUCCGUCUCGAAGAUUUUACGAACUUUUCGACUUCUUGCUACCCGCCGAGCCCCAUUGUGGGCGCACAAUGCGAACGAAAGUACCAACGUCGGCGUCAUUCGUGUGUGAAAUCGUUAAGCGAUCAUUGGGGCAGCGAAACGUUCAUUAGCGGUAUUACGGGGCAGGAAUUGAAGCGUACGUGUGUGUACCGUGUAAUUACACGGUGCCUAUUGCGGACAUUAAUCGAAUGACAGUCGCUGCCUCUGCUGUUCACGUGUUCGAUCGAAUUCUUGUCAUUCUGAGAAAUCUGCCACCCGGCACAUAUGCCGAGGUAACGUAGCCAUGCAUGUCCACUGUAUAGAGUUAUUGUAUCAAGUAUGUACAACCAUGCAUGCCUACGUUGUCUAUCCGCGUUACAAUAACUCCUCCGACUUCUUGUAAUCCCGGUUAUCACCUUUUUACAAGGAUCACCCCCCGCAUAUUCAAAUGAGCCUUGGAGUUUGUACAAAUACGAUCUGUAUGUGCACUUGUCGCGAGACUCAGUCGAGGAGGGGGGUAAAUAGUAAGAGCAACCGGCGCGUACGUGUAUGUACCGUGUAAUUACAUGGCUCUUUUUGUGGGCAUUAAUCGAAUGACAGUCGCUGUCUCGGCUGUUCACGAGUUAGAUUGAAUUCUUGUCAUUCUAAGGAAUCUGUCAUCCGGCACGUGACGGCGCUGCCCCUUGCAAAGUGCAAUUAAGCUUCCGACUGCAAAAAGCAUAAACUGCAUCGUUUCUUUCUUCCCACUUUAGUCCUUUCUACGUUGUAAGUGGAAGACUCCAUUACGACAUGCUUCGGACAUUAUUUCUCGUGGAGAUAAUAGCGAAAGGGCUCGCCGUUUGCGAUUAUGCCAUACAGUAAUUUUUACAUCAAUGUUUAGAGACAAUUUAUUCGACGUGUGUUUUUAGGAAUAAGUACGUGGAAAGAAUGUAAAAAUGUAAAAGCCGCGGAGAAAUUCUUGUUAUUCUGGCCUUGUCUUUUUUGGGUAUAAACAUACCCAGAAUGUAGUGUCCCGUGCGAUCGAUUUUAAAAUCCCACGCAGUUCUCGUCGCAAUCUGAUUAUCGGGUUUGUCGAUAUUUAAUAACAUUCGGCGCCAGUUAAAAGUAUGAAAAUUAUUUUGAUAAGCCUUUGAAAUCGUAAGCAGACGAAAAAAAUGUUUAAACCUCGGAGAGAUUCUCAUUUUGCUGGGCUCGCUUUUUGGGUCCGCACGUAUCCAAAGUAUUAAGUUCCCGGUGCGGUUGAUUUCCAAUUCGCACGCGGUUUUCGUCGCAAUCUGAUUACGAGGUUUGUCGAAAUGUAAAGUCAUUCGGCAACAGUCAAAAGGGUGGCUCCGAUGCGGUCGUCUUUUUGCGCGAUUACGCGAGCGCGGUUCGUCGUGCCUCCGAAUCUUUCAUAGCUCGCGGUUGGAGCCGGUGCUUGUAACUAUUAACGAUUUUGUAAUUCAUAGUUAUCAAUCGGUUAGGUACCAGGAUACGCGAUAACCGUGAACGGUGAUUUCGCGAGGCAUUAAAACAUAUGAAUUCCGCCGCCACCUUGACGAAUCCGAACAAUCGGGGAAAUUCCAAGCACCACUACGAAUCGGCAAGAAAGCCGCCAACGAUUUCUCUGGGGUUGAAAAAGAUUGACAAAGAUCGAGUUGUCGAAGCGAUCUAUUCAUCCCUGAUCUCUAAUUCCUGAAAAGAAUCAGGAUUCUUGCGAAAAUCGGGAGGAAUCGGAUACCAUUAUCCACCAGUUGGUUAAU